AUGUAGAAAGAUCCUUUAUUAGAGAAAAAAGAAGCUUUAGAUGCAUUAAAUAAUGCAAAAUUUGGAUGGUUCCAUAUCAAAGCUUGUUUGGUUUCUGGGAUAGGAUUUUUUACAGAUGCUUAUGAUUUAUUUAUAAUUCAAUUGGCUGUAAUAAUGAUUGGAAUGGUAUAUUAUCCUGAGGAAGUGCGUGAUGGAGAUACAAUAAUAAAAAAAGCAGAUAAAUUGUAUCCUGUAUCUGAAACUUUAUUAAAAUAAUCUGCUUUGGUUGGAACGUUGAUUGGUUAACUUUUGUUUGGAUAUUUGGCAGAUUUAUUAGGUAGAAAGAAAAUGUAUGGAACAGAAUUAUUGAUAAUAGUUUUUACUACUAUAACUUCUGCAUUUGCAGCAAACACAGCUUCACCUAAUGGAUUAACAGUAGUAGGAAUGCUUAUUAUAUGGAGAUUUUUCUUAGGUAUAGGUAUAGGAGGAGAUUAUCCUUUAUCUGCAAUAAUAACUUCUGAAUUUGCAAAUACUAAAAAUAGAGGUGCUAUGAUAGCAGCUGUAUUUGCAAUGUAAGGAUUUGGAAUUUUAACUGGGAGUAUAGUAUCAUUAAUAGUUUUAUUCUCUUUCAGUAAUUCUUUAAACAGUGAAGAUCCACUUAAUUAUCUUUAAAUUGAUCAUAUUUGGAGAAUAAUAGUAGCAUUUGGAGCUAUUCCUGGUUUAGUAGCAAUAUAUUUUCGUAUGACAAUUCCUGAAACACCAAGAUUUACAAUGGACAUUAAAGGAGAUGUAGAAAAAGGAGCUAGAAAUAUUUAAUAGGUUUUAAAAAAAGAUGAUUCAAAUUUUGAUGAUUAAAAUUAAGAUGAAAAGAAAAAAAGAGAAUAGAAACCAUCAUUUAAAGAAUUAAAAUUGUAUUUAAUUAAAUGGAAACAUGGAAAAGUGUUAUUAGGCACAUCUAUGGCUUGGUUUGCAUUAGAUGUUGGGUUUUAUGGAAUUAAUUUAAACUAAUCAACAAUUUUAAAAUAAAUAGGAUUUGGAGGAGGAGAUAAUUUAAGUUAAUAUGAAAUUUUGAAAUAGGCAAUUUAUGGAAAUUUAAUAACUUCAGCUUUAGGAACAGUUCCUGGAUAUUGGUUAACAGUUCUUUUUGUUGAUAAAUGGGGAAGAAAAACAAUUUAAAUCAUGGGAUUUGUUGCAUUAACUAUUUUAUUUUUAAUAAUGGGUUUAUGUAAAGAUAUUUUAGGUUAACUUCUAUUUAUUACACUUUAUACAUUAGCAAAUCUAUUCAAUAAUUUUGGACCUAAUGCUACUACCUUUAUUAUACCAGGAGAAGUAUUUCCAACCAGAUAUCGUUCUACUUGUCAUGGAAUUUCAGCUGCUUCUGGUAAAUUAGGAGCAAUCAUAUCUUAAGUUUGGUUUUUAGGUUUAGGAGCAGACAAUUUCAAAGCUAUUAUGUUGACUUUCUCUAUAUUUAUGUUAAUAGGUUUAGGAUUUACAUUUCUAAUUCCUGAAACAAAAGGAAAGAGUUUAGAAGAAAUUACUCAAGGAUAAGAAAAUAGUNUUUAUUAGGUAGAAAGAAAAUGUAUGGAACAGAAUUAUUGAUAAUAGUUUUUACUACUAUAACUUCUGCAUUUGCAGCAAACACAGCUUCACCUAAUGGAUUAACAGUAGUAGGAAUGCUUAUUAUAUGGAGAUUUUUCUUAGGUAUAGGUAUAGGAGGAGAUUAUCCUUUAUCUGCAAUAAUAACUUCUGAAUUUGCAAAUACUAAAAAUAGAGGUGCUAUGAUAGCAGCUGUAUUUGCAAUGUAAGGAUUUGGAAUUUUAACUGGGAGUAUAGUAUCAUUAAUAGUUUUAUUCUCUUUCAGUAAUUCUUUAAACAGUGAAGAUCCACUUAAUUAUCUUUAAAUUGAUCAUAUUUGGAGAAUAAUAGUAGCAUUUGGAGCUAUUCCUGGUUUAGUAGCAAUAUAUUUUCGUAUGACAAUUCCUGAAACACCAAGAUUUACAAUGGACAUUAAAGGAGAUGUAGAAAAAGGAGCUAGAAAUAUUUAAUAGGUUUUAAAAAAAGAUGAUUCAAAUUUUGAUGAUUAAAAUUAAGAUGAAAAGAAAAAAAGAGAAUAGAAACCAUCAUUUAAAGAAUUAAAAUUGUAUUUAAUUAAAUGGAAACAUGGAAAAGUGUUAUUAGGCACAUCUAUGGCUUGGUUUGCAUUAGAUGUUGGGUUUUAUGGAAUUAAUUUAAACUAAUCAACAAUUUUAAAAUAAAUAGGAUUUGGAGGAGGAGAUAAUUUAAGUUAAUAUGAAAUUUUGAAAUAGGCAAUUUAUGGAAAUUUAAUAACUUCAGCUUUAGGAACAGUUCCUGGAUAUUGGUUAACAGUUCUUUUUGUUGAUAAAUGGGGAAGAAAAACAAUUUAAAUCAUGGGAUUUGUUGCAUUAACUAUUUUAUUUUUAAUAAUGGGUUUAUGUAAAGAUAUUUUAGGUUAACUUCUAUUUAUUACACUUUAUACAUUAGCAAAUCUAUUCAAUAAUUUUGGACCUAAUGCUACUACCUUUAUUAUACCAGGAGAAGUAUUUCCAACCAGAUAUCGUUCUACUUGUCAUGGAAUUUCAGCUGCUUCUGGUAAAUUAGGAGCAAUCAUAUCUUAAGUUUGGUUUUUAGGUUUAGGAGCAGACAAUUUCAAAGCUAUUAUGUUGACUUUCUCUAUAUUUAUGUUAAUAGGUUUAGGAUUUACAUUUCUAAUUCCUGAAACAAAAGGAAAGAGUUUAGAAGAAAUUACUCAAGGAUAAGAAAAUAGUAAUUAAAUUAUACCUGAUUGA